AUGUCGAACAACGAAUCCGCUGUCGUCGACGGCGACUUCGGCACGCCGCACCUUGACGGCGACACCCACCAGAAUGCCAAUACCGUCCACUCGCGCCUGAGGGCCAACAGCUCCAUCAUGCAGCUCAACAAGAUUCUCGUCGCCAACCGAGGCGAAAUCCCCAUCCGUAUCUUCCGUACCGCACACGAGCUCUCCCUCCAGACCGUGGCUGUCUACAGUCAUGAGGACCGAUUGGGCAUGCACAGGCAGAAGGCCGACGAGGCCUAUGUUAUCGGAAAGAGAGGGCAAUACACGCCCGUCGGAGCAUACCUCGCAGGUGACGAGAUCAUCAAGAUCGCUAAAGAACACGGUGUCGACCUUAUCCACCCCGGCUAUGGCUUUCUCAGCGAGAACUACGAGUUUGCAAAGGCCGUCGAAGCCGCUGGCCUUAUCUGGGUCGGACCCCGCCCAGAGACCAUCAACGACCUUGGUGACAAGGUCUCAGCCCGUAUUCUGGCUCAGAAGGCGGAUGUCCCCACCGUUCCUGGUACUCCUGGCCCAGUGGCCAGAUUCGAGGAGGCCAAGACCUUCACCGAUGAGUAUGGCUUCCCCAUCAUCAUCAAGGCUGCCUUUGGUGGUGGUGGCCGAGGUAUGCGUGUCGUCUGGAAGCAAGAAGAGCUGAAGGACUCCUUCGAGCGUGCCACUUCCGAGGCAAAGUCCGCAUUCGGCAACGGCACCGUCUUCAUUGAGCGCUUCCUCUACCGACCGAAGCAUAUCGAAGUGCAGUUGCUCGGUGACAGCUACGGUAACGUCGUUCACCUGUACGAGCGUGACUGCUCUGUGCAGCGUCGUCACCAAAAGGUCGUUGAGCUGGCGCCAGCAAAGGACCUCCCACAAGAGACCAGAGACGCGAUCCUCAACGAUGCCGUCAGACUCGCAAAGUCUGCCAACUACCGCAACGCCGGUACUGCUGAGUUCUUGGUCGACCAAGAGAACCGCCACUACUUCAUUGAGAUCAACCCACGUAUCCAGGUCGAGCACACCAUCACUGAGGAAAUCACUGGCAUCGACAUUGUGGCAGCUCAGAUUCAGAUUGCAGCUGGUGCUUCGCUCCAGCAGCUCGGCCUUACUCAAGAUCGCAUCUCUACGCGCGGUUUCGCCAUCCAGUGCCGUAUCACUACCGAAGACCCUGCCAAUGGCUUCAGCCCAGAUACCGGCAAGAUCGAGGUUUAUAGAAGCGCCGGCGGAAAUGGGGUGCGAUUAGACGGUGGCAACGGAUUCGCCGGCGCAGUCAUCACACCUUACUACGACAGCAUGUUGGUCAAGUGCACUUGCCACGGCUCCACCUACGAGAUCGCCCGUAGAAAGGUUCUCCGCGCUCUGGUUGAGUUCCGUAUUCGCGGCCUGAAGACGAACAUCCCAUUCUUGACCUCUCUCCUCACCAACCCGACCUUCAUCGACGGCACGUGCUGGACGACUUUCAUCGAUGACACACCCGAGCUGUUCAGGCUUGUUGGCAGCCAGAACCGCGCCCAAAAGCUGCUCAGCUACCUUAGCGAGCUCAUCGUCAACGGUCCACAGGUCGUGGGCCAAAUUGGCGAGUCCAAGCUCAAGGGCGAGAUUGUCAUUCCAGAUCUUACCGACCACAAGGGCAACGUCAUCGACACCUCAAAGCCGAGCGAGAAGGGAUGGAGAAACAUCAUCGUUGAGAAGGGCCCAGAGGCCUUCGCCAAGGCAGUAAGACAGAACAAGGGCUGCUUGAUCAUGGAUACCACGUGGCGUGAUGCCCACCAGUCUCUGCUGGCAACGAGAAUGCGAACCAUCGACAUGCUCAAUAUUGCCAACCAGACCAGCUACGCGCUCAGCAACGCUUGGGCUCUCGAGUGCUGGGGUGGUGCUACCUUUGACGUGGCCAUGCGAUUCUUGUACGAGGACCCGUGGAAGCGUCUGCGAGAGAUGAGGAAGCUUGUGCCCAACAUUCCCUUCCAGAUGCUGCUCCGUGGCGCCAACGGUGUUGCAUACUCGUCGCUGCCAGACAACGCCAUCUAUCAUUUCUGCGAACAAGCUAAGAAGAAUGGUAUGGACAUCUUCCGUGUCUUCGACGCAUUGAACGAUAUGGAGCAGCUCGAGGUCGGUGUCAAGGCCGUCCUCAAGGCUGGAGGUGUUGCUGAGGGUACAGUGUGCUACUCUGGUGACAUGUUGAACCCAGACAAGAAGUACAAUCUCGAGUACUACAUGGGAUGCGUUGACCGCAUUGUCAAGAUGGGCGCUCACAUUCUCGGCAUCAAGGACAUGGCUGGUGUCCUCAAGCCCAAGGCUGCGACCCUCUUGGUUGGCACGAUCCGCAAGAAGUACCCAGACCUCCCUAUUCACGUCCAUACUCACGACUCAGCCGGUACCGGUGUCGCAUCGAUGGUCGCCUGCGCUCAAGCUGGUGCAGAUGGUGUGGAUGCCGCGACUGACAGCUUGUCUGGAACUACGUCGCAGCCCAGCAUUGGCGCUCUUGUCGCGUCUUUGGAAGGCAGCGACUUCGAGUCCGGACUGGAUGCUACCCUGCUCCGCCAGAUCGACGCGUACUGGGCUCAAGUCCGCAUGAUGUAUUCACCGUUCGAGGCAUGGCUCACCGGCCCCGAUCCAGAAGUCUACGAGCACGAGAUCCCAGGUGGUCAACUCACCAACUUGAUCUUCCAAGCUUCCCAACAAGGUCUCGGUGAGCAGUGGGCUCAGACCAAGAAGGCAUACGAACAGGCCAACGAUCUCCUGGGAGACAUUGUCAAGGUCACGCCAACUUCCAAGGUCGUGGGUGAUCUUGCUCAGUUCAUGGUCGCCAACAACCUUACACCAAAGGAUGUGCACGAGAAGGCCGAACAGCUCGAUUUCCCCUCAUCAGUACUUGAGUUCUUCGAGGGUCUGAUGGGCCAGCCAUACGGUGGCUUCCCAGAGCCAUUCCGUUCCAAGGCUCUCCGUGACCGUAGAAAGAUGGACAAGAGACCAGGACACUACCUCAAGCCCAUCAACUUCGACGAGGUCCGCCAGAAGCUGAGGGAAGACUGGGGCGGCUGCUCCGAGACCGACGUCGCCAGCUACGUCAUGUAUUCGAAGGUGUUCGAGGACUACAAGAAGUGGACGUCCAAAUUCGGAGACCUCUCCGUCCUGCCCACCAAGUACUUCCUCAACAAGCCAGAAAUCGGCGAGGAGUUCCACGUCGAGCUCGAGAAGGGCAAGAUCAUCAUCCUGAAGCUCCUUGCAAUCGGUCCGCUUAGUGAGCAGACGGGCAAUCGCGAGGUCUUCUUCGAGACGAAUGGUGAGAUGCGAGCCGUGACCGUGACGGACCAGCACGCCGCCAUCGAGAACGUGUCGCGCGCCAAGGCCGACCCCAACGACAGCAGCCAGGUCGGCGCGCCGAUGCAGGGUAUGGUCGUCGAGGUCCGUCUGCAGGAGGGCCACGAUGUCAACAAGGGCGACCCCAUCGCCAUUCUCAGCGCUAUGAAGAUGGAGAUGGUGAUUUCUGCACCGCACUCUGGAAAGGUCGAGGCGCUGAGUGUCAAGGAGGGCGAUUCCGUGGAUUCGCAGGACUUGAUAUGCAAGAUCGUGAAGUAG